AUGGUUCACAUUUCCCAGAUCAAAGAGAAUAACGCCCAGAUUGAUGAGAAGUCGGCACCUCGUGUUGCAGUGUUCGUUGGCGGAACAUCGGGCAUAGGAAAACUUACGCUCAAUGCGAUGACUAGGCUCGGAACACACUUUAAAGCUUAUGUCAUUGGGAGGCAAGAGAGUGAGGCAGCAUUCAAACCAUUCAUCGAGGAACUACAUCUGGCGAAUACGAAUGCGAGCAUCAUAUGGGUUGAAGGGCAGAUCUCGUUGCUGUCCGAAGUACAGCGGAUUUGCGAUUACAUCAAGAAAUUCGAGAGCAGUAUUGACCUCCUCUUCAUGACCGCGGGGUAUGUGAAUUUCAGCGGAAGGCGCAAUACAUCCGAAGGCUUGGAGAUAAGCCACGCACUGGAGUUCUACUCGCGAAUCUGCUUCACGCAAAAUCUCCUUCCUCUGUUGCGCUCUUCAGGUCGCGCGCGCGUGAUGAGUAUACGCUCAGGUGGGAUGGAAGGUGACUACUUCUUCAAUGCAGACGAUCUCCUACUCGAAGCCCCAGGUGCAUUUGGGGCCAUGGCUUCGGUAAGACAUAUGAGCAACAUGAAUACGCUCGCACUGGAACGUAUCGCUCAGAUGCCAGAGAACAGAAACAUCGUUUUUAUGCAUUGUCAUCCAGGUGGCGUGCGGACGGGAAACCUCUUCCGUGGAUUUCAGGAAGGGUCCUGGGGUUCAUGGUUGGCUGCGACUUUCAUGGAUCCGGUUAUAUGGCUCAUGGCGUAUAGGGAGGAGGAAGCCGCCGAGAGGUACCUCUAUCAAAUUACGAGUGCGGCUUUUGGAGGAAAGGGUAUACCAUUGGGUGCAGGCGUUGUUGCAGGGAAGAAUACAGAGGGAAGUAGGGAAGGGAGUCUGUUUCUGGUACAUCAUACUUGUGAGACGACGCUGAAUGAGGAAAAGUUGAAGAAGUUAAGGGUCAGCGCUCAGGACAAGGUUUGGAUCAAAACACAGGAAAUUGUUGGCCCGUAUGUUUAA